AGGUAAACCGUAACGGUAAGGAAUUACAUCGUACGAACAAACAAAUACAAAUCUGUUACAGUUUUUGUUUCUCCAUUUCUAUUAAUGGAAGGUGUUCCCUUAUGAAUUGUUCCUGCGCCAUUGGAAGCUCCAACACAAACGCCAUGCUGAGACUGUAUAUUUCUACCCAUUAUAUUUUCUCGCAGAAUACCGAAUAAAUACCCAUACAACACUAGAUCAUGCGGUCAUAAAAUCAUGGCAUAAUAUAAUUUCGUAUAUCCUGUUGGAGGCCUUCAAUGGGCGGAAUUCAGUGCUCCAUUUGCUUGGAACUCGUAAACGGAGAAGCAUAUUUGGAUCAGUGUUUCCAUAGGUUCUGCUACCAUUGUAUACUGCAAUGGGCUGAAAUGCUUUUCAACAAACAGUCUGACUCCCUUCCGUGUCUACUUUGCCCUCUUUGCAAGGUGAAGAAUUCUUCAAUAAUUCAUAAUUUUGUUGGUUCUACAUUUCAACGCCACUAUAUAUCAAAGCUUCCUGAAAAGAGCUUUGUCAUGUCAGAGGCACACUAUCGUAGAUUACAAAUAUAUUCUGAACCACCAGAUGCAGCAUGUAGUAAUGUUCAGGCAUUGAAGCACUGGGAUCGAUAUGGGAAUCUGCAAAGUAGCUGUUGGUUGCAAUGUUGGAUACGUCGAGAACUUCAAUCGCUGAUGCAAGAAGAAGACGUGGACAUUGUUAUGCACCAUACACUUGGAAUUUUGGAGUCUUUUCAUAAAAGGACAAAUACAGCAAACAAAUAUUCCACCAGAGAAUUGAAAUCAAGGCCUGUACAAUGGAAAUCAUUGAUCUCUAAUGCUCUAAGUCCUUUCAUAUUUGAAAACUCUGUUAGGUUCGCAGAUGAGUUGGAAGCAUUUCUUGUUUCAGGAUUAGAUAUUGCAACGUAUGAUGAGCAAGUCUUGAGAAGAUCUGCAACUGGUGAUACUUCAAGUUGCUCCUCAGGGAAGGAGCUCUCCAGUAAAGAUGCAUCUGGGUCUUAUGUUUCAUCUCAGUAUGCUUUUAAUGCAAGGGGUGGUAAAAGUAAAGAAGGUACAAGAGUGAAUUUGUUCGAUUUACUUGAUGAAGAUGUGGAUUUGAUUGCAGAGAAAAAUACAGGAGCAUAGAGGAUUAAUAUCUAUAGAAAAUGUGCAAUAUAAACUUGUCCAUAUGGAAAGCAUCUGUUUUUAGAAAGGGGAAAUCCACUUAGUAGUAAGUGGUAAAAUUAUUUUAUUAGAUGUUGAAGAAUUGAAGAUUAAAGCUGAUAGCUCUACUGCAGUUCAAAGUACACAUGGCUUCACAAAUAGAAAGUUUGUUCUCUGGUAUUAUGGAAAAUUCCAGACUGAUCGGCUUAAGCAAAUAGAAAAGCUUUUACCACUGUACCAUGGAAGAUUUCAGUAAAAAAUUGUACGAUAAUUGCAUUAAUUGUAAUCAAAACAACUUUAGUCUC